AUGAUUACAGCCAUCCACGCCGCUCUCCUCGCCUGUGCCACUUUGGCAUAUGGAAGCCCGCUGCAGGACAGACGUGCUGCCGACUUUGGCCACCACUCCGUCCUGGAAAAGGUCGGUGUGCCGUCGUCAUGGAUUCCAAAGGGCUCUCCGCACCCGGAAAUGGUUAUGCACAUGCAGAUUGCCCUCAAACAGGGCAAUAUAGGAGGCUUGCAGUCAAAGCUGCAGGACAUCUCCGAUCCUAAGAGUCCUAAUUACGGCAAGUGGCUCUCCAAGGAGGAGGUGGAAGGCUUCACUCGGCCUUCAGAGGAGUCACUCAAGCUGGUUAAGCUUUGGCUCUCCUCUUACGGAAUACCCAUAAAGUCGUUGACACAGGCGACUCCUGACUGGAUUGAGGUCAAAGUGCCUAUCAGUAAGGCCGAGGCUAUGCUGAGCUCUAAAUUCUCCCUCUACCACGACUCUGUGUCUGGCAAGACAGCACCUCGGACGACGGAAUACUCGAUUCCGUUGCUCCUACACGAUCACAUAGACACCAUUCAGCCCACGACUUCCUUCCAUAGGGUGAUGGGGCCUCAGGUGGCCCAGAAUCAGUCCGAUAUCGCCCUCCGCAAGCGUCAGAGUGGAUGCGAUCCGAACAACAUCGUCCCGUCGUGCAUCCAAAGCCAUUACAACGUCGACUACAGUGGCAAAGGCAGAGCUUCUCUCGCAGUCACUGGUUUCAUCGGUCUGUCUGCGAGCCACAGCGAUGCGGCUAGCUUCCUCCGAUCUUACGACUCAGCUGCUAGCGGUUCCGACUUCAAGGAUGGUUCCAUUGGCGGGGCAAGCAAUGUUCCCAGCAACCCGGACCUUGAGGGUAAUUUGGAUACCCAAAUUGCACUGUCGCUCGGCCACCCCAAUCCAGUCACGUACUACGCCGUUGGGCCUAACAACGACCCCGACAACCAGUUCACCGACGAGCUUAUCAACUUUGGCACUUAUCUCAACUCUGCAUCCAACCCGCCGUCGGCUGUUUCGACUUCGUAUGGUGGCGAGGAGCAGUACUUUUCUCACAGCUACCUCGACCGAAUCUGCAACGAGUUCAUGAAGGCUGGCUCCCGCGGGAUUUCCGUCUUCUUCUCAUCCGGGGACUUUGGUGUUGGCGGCAAUGGCGAAUCCAACUGCAACCAAGGAUUCUAUUCUCUGUUCCCCGCAUCGUGUCCCUACAUUACCUCCGUUGGUGCCACGCAGUUCUCUAACGGAGCGGAGAUUGCAGCCACGUUCGAGCGCGGUGGUUCAACGGGUGGCGGUUUUUCGUGGUACUUCCCUGCGCCAUCCUACCAGAGUGCGGAUACGAAGAAGUACAUCAGCAAUAACCUGGACAACUCAUACAAUGGUUAUUACAAUCCCAGUGGUCGCGGUUUUCCCGAUGUUGCCCUCGUCGGGGAGUACUAUGACAUUAUCCUCAACGGCGGAACACAGCGAGUGUAUGGUACAUCGGCGUCUUCACCGGCAUGGGCAUCACUCAUCUCUCUCAUCAACGACUACCGCAUCGGCGAGGGCAAGUCGACUUUGGGAUUCCUGAACCCAUUGCUGUACCAAAACGCAGGCGUGCGAGCUGCUCUGAAUGACAUCACCCAGGGCCACAACCAGGGGUGUGGCACGUACGGGUUCCCCGCUAGUGCGGGUUGGGACCCCACCACGGGUCUUGGCACCAUGAACUUCGCCAAGCUUCGGAAGGCUCUCGGGUAG